AUGAUUGUGGAUCCGCAAGCGGCAAUUCCUUCUGGAGAAGGUUAUGCGCAGGGUCUUGUAGGUGAAACGGUGUGCGCGGGUUCGCGGAGAGGAGAAGAAGAGUUCGUCGAUGCUGAGGACGGACAGAGCCGGCUGGACUCCGUGGGCACGGAUUGCUCAGCAGUGCCCAUAGAGCAGAACUACUUCGGUCUACGCGCUGACGAGUCUGGUGUUCAGAUGUUGCAAUACCUGCUUCACAAGGAAGCGGAGAAAGUUUGGAUUUUGAACGCGAAACUGGAAAAAGAAGGAAGAUCUCUCGACGGCCUACGACGUCAAUCGAAUAUUUUGCGAGACGAGUACCACCGCUUGCAGAAGGAGUACAAAGCAAUGACUGAUCUCUAUUUGACCAAGGAGGAACUCUGUCGGAAGAAAGAAGCCAAGGUUAAGGAGCUGCUGGAAGAGAAUGAACGACUUCGCAAGAUUGUGCACCAGGGACAGAUCGAGGCCGAGACGUUUAAGAUUGUCGGGGACCAACUCGUCGAUAAUUUCGAAGAGAAAAUUAUCGGUAUCAUGACCGAGUGUUCCUCGGUCGCCUCCAUCCUUGCAAAGAAGUGGACCACUAAGGAUCUACGAGCUGCAUUCGAACGAAAAUCCGUCGGCGAUUUUGCGUUGGCCCACGUCUGUCUUCUUCACUGCCGUAGCGACGAAACAGCAGACGACAAUGUCGAGAGAAACGCAAAACCAGAAACGGAGGUGAAUUUCCAAAACCCAGAUGCAGGUGAACAAGACCAAGCACAUUCUCUGGGGCAUGGGAAGUUACCCUCUACGUCAGCGCAGGAAGGACAGUCGGUCUGUGAGCCCGCUUUCGGUGGAGGAAGUGCCAGUGACAAAGAAGACGAAACGCCUGAAAUACAGUGCCCUGCCGGUGAAAGUCAUAAGUUAUCAAAGGGAACUCAGCUGGUCCCUAGUUUUGUGUCAGUGGAGCGCCAGCUUGCUAAUAUCCCGGGUCAGACCGGUGCGAAAGUACGGGGUCUGUCAGAGAGGCGAGCGUCUCUACCCCCGCCAUGUGUUAACGGCUACCGAAAGCAACCAACAGGCAUUCGGAAUACUAUACACACUGGUAGCUUGACAGCGGGGAGUCUGUCAGCAAUUGGGCGGAAGCGCUUGGAAGGCAUCCAAAAUAACAGCCGUAUGUCACUUGACAAUCUCGCAGCCUCCCAAGGGACAUGCCGCUCAAUCAGAAUAGCUGCAUUGAACAGCACGUCUGUUGCCCUUAAGAAUCGUCCAGCCUGGGGACGUUCCCCCGUUCGCCGGGUCAUUUCUGAGAACUUCUCUGCUCCCCUGACUGGGCGACACACUGACAGGCAGUCCGGCCCACCAGCUACAACCCGGCUUGCUGGAGAAAAGAAAUGUUUGGCCGGGAGCAAGACAUUUUCGACUACGAGCGAGGUGAAUCUAUCCGUUCAGACGAAGGACGAGUUUCAAGGUAGCGCCGCUAGAACACCACAGAACCGUACUCGGGGACCCGGUUGUGCAUUGACGAACUCCGUACGCCCUAGAGGCUCUGAAGCGGCUUCGGCCACAGGAGACAAGGUUGCAUACAUCGAAUGCGAAAAAAGUCUCAAGUCCUUCGAGACAUGUAUCGCUAAGGGACAGGCGGUGUCUGGGUCCGUAACGGACCUAAAAAAUGUAAGAAGUGAGACAGCAAAUGAGCCACCGAGAGGGCAUACCCGAGUAACGAUAGGGGACCGAGGACGGGGUUCACUUUCUCAUCGAGGUCGAAAGCCCUCCGAUGGAGCUGGAGGAUGUGCCACAGCACGGUCAGCAUCCAGGGUGACUGCAAGGUCUCUGGUUCGAUCUGUCAACAAAGUGCUUUCGAUUGAGAAGUCGACAUCGUCUGAGACGAUCCGAAAACAAACAUCGUCCCCCAGUAACGCACCCGAAAAAAACACACCAUCUGCCGGGACAAGUGCACAAUGCAUGGAGAAAGCAGCCAUCCGAACCGCACCAAUGGUCUGCGCAAAAACAGGUUCUGCUCUCGGAUAUAACGUACAUGCCAUAUCGCGAUCGCAGGCGCCCCCUGAACAUCACGACGUGCCCACGUGUAGAAAAUCUGUCGGUCGUUCGAGUGAGACACACAUUGCCCUGGCAGAUGCUUGCAGAAGACCUACGCCCCACAGUCCCUCGACUUCAUUUGGAAGCGGCCCUCUUCCUCCAUCGCAGUCAUCUGCCAGCGAUGCAAAUCAAGGAGGCGUCAACAAGCUCUUCUAUGGAACUCAAAGUAAAGGAGACACAACCAGAUCACCCGUCGAGACUGUCGUCAGUAAUGCUUCUGUGGGAAGCGUGAAUUCCCAGAUUGCGCCCCUAGCACAGACAGGUGCUAAGUCGGACAGCGUAGGUCGAAAGACAGCAUCCAAGCUGCCUCCUGUUCAGCCAUCCCCUCAACCUUUCAGUCAUGCGUCUAGGAUCAGUUUUGAUCCCCGUCCGCUAAAAGUUGGCGGCCACGUUAACAUCAUACUGAAGCCAUUCGCUGCAAAAGCAUCUCACUGUUCGGACGCUGUUGCGUUCAGUGAACCAGAACAACCCGAGAGUGGCGGCAAGACUUCAGGCAAUACAUCCGGGGAAAAGACGUGCAGCUCUGCAGCUGAAUCACACUUGCCACUCCUUACUUCUGAGUGUUUACGCCCUGUCAAUGGAACAGCCAUCGAAGAAAAUGACAUCCGCCGCCCAACAGAAUCGCAACAAGGAGUGGCCCUUCAGGCGACAGAACUCCUCCGUUCGUUUCAUCAGCCCUCGGAGGACGUGCUGGAUUGCUCUAAUGACCCCACAAGACUUCGGCUUCCUCCACCACAGUCGAAAGUAACAGUCUCUGGUGAAGUCCCCUCCUUCAGGCCCAAUGUCGGCCUUGAAGGGACAGACACCGACCGAGUUAACCUCAAAAGCUGCCCGCAAGAGGAGACAGAGACUGGAGAUCGGCUAAGCGAAAGAGACGGUGACACAUCAAAAGAGUUUCCGAAGUGCGCGACGGAGGGAAGGCUACCGAGUCGGACGGUUCAGCGGACAGCGCACGCUGAGAAACCCAAGAAGAUUCCUCUCGAAGAUUUGACAACUUGGACAGAAAACAAUGGUGUGGCAGCAGUUGCUUCGGUCGCACCGGAGCAUCGCCCCGUAGACGGAGUGGCAACGGCGAAAACACAAUCAAGGCAGGCGGGCACCAGCCGCUUAAGAACACCUGAAGGCACCCCUUCCGUAGAGGACAAUACCGGACUAGGCGCGUACCUAAGCGUGGCUCCGCAUGCGUCAGCUCACACUAAUCUUGAAACGGAAUCGAGGGACCAAAUUGCAGAUGACUCUCGUGUGAAAACGGGGAAUCCACUUUUCCGCAACACCAAUGCAACGGCUGCAGCGGAUCUGCCCACUGCGUCGCAUCCCAUGAAUUGUUCAACUACUUCAGAGACUCAGCAAUCCUCAAAGUCGGCACAAGGAGCUUCAGAUAUAUCUGGAGCCACAACGCUGAACAAUUCGCCGCAGCUGGGCCCACAUCCUCGUCCAGUGUCUGCAUUCGGCGUUUCUGCUUCUGUUCCGGCCGGCUUCGCCGAGGCUGGCGGUCGUCCAGACCUCAGCGUAGACACACGCGAAAUACCAACGAACGCCAUCGCAAACAACAACAUCGUGAAGGGCACGGCAGCCCUUCCCUCACCAGUGGGAACAGUGCUACGAGGGAGCACGGGCCUGAUGCAGGUCCGCAGGGUGGGAAUGGGAGGACCCGCCGUCGCUGGAGGAGAACGAGCCUCUUUGCCUGUUUUUUGUCCGUCUUCAUUAGCACACAAUCCCGCAAACAACACCCAGCUUAGUUGGUCUUCUGGUGCAAAUGUGAACUGUCCACCGGCACCCCGACCCGUGUACACAAGGUUCACCGUAUCUGGACCUGACGCGGGUACACGAGUCUUCGCAAAACAAACGAUGGUCACGCAGUCUCGACCAGGAGACGUGAAAGAAGGAGCGGCCUCGCAUCCAUCAGCCGCCUCUCUGGGGGUCUCGUCUGACGUUCGACGUUCCGUUCAGACGAAUUGCAACAUGCCUGUCAAUCAGCUGCAACCACCAAUCCGAGUUGGCGGGAACGAGACGAGAGUGCACCCACUUCUACCUCCGCAGAUGUCUGCCGGAGGUGAACGACCCCGUAUGCCGUCCCAAACAUUCACUUUCACAACCAAGCCGGGAAUUGGAGCCCCGCAAGAAGGAUGGAUAAGGAUAACUGGACGACCAGAGGGACAGGGAAAACAGGGCUAUCACCCUUCCGGAUUCGGCCAGUAUCAAGCGCGCCCGCACGCCUUUCAUGAUCAGCCAUCCCAGGUGCCCGGUAUUCAGCAGCAGACCUGUACUCAAAUGCCAAACCAGAGUGCCUCUCCGGUUCAAAUGCACUAUGCAAUGCCACGGGCCCCAGGAAACUCCGUCACACCGCAGGGAUACGCGCUGCCGCAGCAGCCCCAACAUUUCACGUUUAUUCCACAUCAAAUGAGAAGUCAAGACUCCGCUGGUCAAUGGUCGCCGGUGCACAUGCAACUCUUUCAACGCACUUCCUGGCAUCCAAUGCAGUGCCCUCAACCCGCAUGCUAUGACAAGCGUUUUCCUGUGUUAACACAGGUUCGCGGCCAGUAUGUGCAAACCACUGUUCCCUCUCACCAAGGCCUCUUAGGGCCUCCAGCAGGACUGAACUGA